CAUUCUGGAGCCAGUUGAUACGGAUGGCGGGGAAACUGGACAUGCUUUCCUGCCAUGUUCUUCAAUUCUCCAUGGCGUUUCCUCUCCCAUUUCUCUCUUCGACAUCUCUCACCUUCUCUCUUUCGAUUCUCCAACUACUUUUCGUCCCGAUCAGAAGUCCCUUUAAUCAAGGAUAUCACCAAUCCUUCAAUUCACCUGUCUGCUGGCAACUCCGCAAGCCUCGGCUUCUCACGUUCACUAAAGAUGUGCAAUAACGUCCGAGAUUUGAACCCACUCAAGUGUCUUCUCAUCGUGCUGGGUCUUAUAAAAAACGAGCUUUUGCUUGGAGAAUUCAUUAGCUCUAGCUUUCGUUUGGGUGCUCCUGAUAUAGCUCUGUCUGUAUUUCGGACAAUUGACAAGCCGAGUUUGUUCUUGGGGAAUUUGAUUUUCAGGGGUCUUAGCAAUCGUGGAUUAUACGAUGAACUGUUAAAUGUGUAUAUCGGCUGUCGGUUUGCAGGUUGCCCAUCUGAUGAUUUCACGUUUCCGUUCGUGAUUAAGGCUUGUUCAGCUCUGGGGGCCUUCGGGGUGGGCAAAGCAAUUCAUGGAUUUGCUUUGAGAACUGGGUUUGAUAGAAAUGUUGUCAUACAGACCGCUUUAAUUGAUUUGUAUGGCAAGCGGGGUCAUACAGCGACUGCACGUGCAAUAGUUGAUGAAAUUCCACAACCAGAUUUGGUUUCAUGGAACGCUCUAAUUGCUGGUUAUUCACUAAAUGGGCUUGAUCAGGAAGCAUUAGAGGUUUUGAGGCAUAUUUUUGAAGCGGGUUUGAAGCCAAAUCUGAGCACUUUGGCAAGCAUCAUUCCAGUCUGCACCCGUUUAGGAUGUGUGAGUAUUGGCAAGUCUCUCCAUGGCUAUGCUGUCAGAUUAGGAUAUUUCUUAAAUGAAUUUUUGGCUCCUGCUUUAAUUUCAAUGUAUGCUGGCUAUGUGGAGUUAUCUACUUCAAGAAAAUUGUUUGAUUCUUUAUUGGAAAAAAAGAACGUUAAUGUUUGGAAUGCCAUGAUUUGGGCUUAUGUUUACGGGUGCUGGCCUUUCAAAGCCUUUGAGAUGUUCCAGCAAAUGCUCCAAGCUGGAGUGCAGCCUAACCCGAUCACUUUUGUGUCUAUACUUCCGUCAUGCGAGUUGCAUAAUAGCAUUUUUUAUGGUGAAUCACUGCAUGCCUUUGUCGUAAAACAUGGGGUGGAAAAUCAGCUUUCUGUCCAGACUGCGCUUGUGUCUGUCUACUCCAAGCUUGGUGAUGUCAGUGCAGCAGAAUUUCUUUUUGAUGGAAUGCACUGUAGAAUCCUUCUAUCAUGGAACGCAAUGCUUUCAGGAUAUAGUCAAAAUGGCCAAUGGCAUUCAUGUUGGGCCAUCUUUUGCGAAAUGCUAUUUGCAGGAUGCAAUCCAGAUGCUAUCUCUAUUGUUUCUGUGCUCUCUGCUUGUUCCAAAAUGGAGGCAGUUUUGCCUGGUGAGUCUGUUCAUGCAUUUAGUGUUAGAAGGGGUAUUGAUUUAGACCUAAAUGUGUCCAAUGCACUCCUGGCAUUUUACUCAGCUUGUCAUGAGAUUUCUUCCUGUUUUAUGUUAUUUCAACAAAUGACUAGCAAAGAUGUGGUGUCAUGGAAUACAUUGAUAUCUGGUUGCAUUCACAGCGGGGAACCGGAAAGGGUACUUCCCCUACUUCACCAAAUGCAGAAUGAUGUCAUGAAAAUGGAUUUGGUUACCCUGAUAACUAUUCUCCCGACGUGUGGUGGGAGCGAUAAUCUAAAGCAAGGUAUGGUCAUGCAUUGCUAUGCCAUCAAAACCGGGUAUGCUUCUGAUGUUUCUUUAGCCAAUGCGCUCAUUAGCAUGUAUUGUAAAUGUGGAGACCUUGAUUCUGGGAGGUCACUUUUUGAAGUUAUGCCUGAAAGGAGUGUGGUAUCUUGGAAUGCUCUGAUAACCGGCUUUCGAUACAAUAACCAGCCUAACAAGACGAUGUUGUUUUUUAGUCAAAUGAUAAAGGAAGACGAGAAGCCAGAUUCUGUAACCUUGCUUAACAUUCUGCCUGUGUGCCACACCCAAUCACAGGGUAAGUCUAUGCAUGCUUUCGCUGUCAGAGCUGGAAUUUUACGUGACACUCCUCUUUUUACCUCUCUAAUGGUUAUGUAUGCAAGAUUCCAAAAUAUGAAGUCAUGCAUCGUACUUUUCGAAGUUGGGAAAAAGGAGGGUGUUUCAUUGUGGAAUGCAUUUAUAUCUUUACUAGUCCAAAUGGAAAAUGCAGAAAAAGCAGUUGCUACGUUCAGGGACUUGCUCCAAAUGGGAUUAAAACGUGACAGUAUUACAUAUCUAAGUUUGAUUGCAGCAUGUGUUCAACUCAACGACCUUAAUCUUGCUGAUUCUGUAUUGGCUCAUGUAAUUCGUGAGGGGUUUGAAAAAGAUCUGGCGGUUAGCAAUGCCUUUGUAAACUUGUAUGCAAGAUGUGGAAGUAUUCUGAAAGCAGAAAGGAUGUUUGAAUGCUUGCUCUCAAAGGAUGCUGUCUCAUGGAGUGUAAUGAUAAACAGCUAUGGUUUACAUGGGGAUUGUGAAGCGGCCCUCGAACUUUUCUCGCAGAUGCAAAUUUCAGGUGUGAGACCUAAUGGCAUUACCUUUUUGAGUCUUUUGUCAGCUUGCAGCCAUGCUGGGUUAGUUGAUCAAGGCAGGGUAGUAUUCAACUCCAUGGAGAAACAUGGUAUAUCCCCAAGUCUGGAGCACUAUGCUUGCAUUGUUGACCUAUUAGGAAGAACAGGUCACUUGAAUGAAGCUUAUGAAACUGUGAAGAGACUCCCCUGUAAUCCUUCAGUAAGCCUACUUGAAUCCUUGUUGGGUGCUUGUAGAAACUAUGGCAACAUUGAGCUUGGGGAAAAAGUUGCUUACAUGCUCUUUGACAUGGAUUCAGAAAAUCCUGUACCAUACGUGAUGCUUCACAACAUCUAUGCAGCAGCCGGAAGGUGGAUUGAUGCUGAUAACAUCAGGAGUUAUUUGGAAGGGAGACAGUUGAAGAAACCACCUGGUUUCAGUCUUGUAUCAAGAAAUGGUCAAGAUAUUUGAAUGCGUGUGUAACUGAUAAGAGGGUAAUGUUAGAAAAGUACAGUGAAAGAGCUCCAUUUUUCACUACUAACAUGAGAAAAACAUUAAAGGUAACAUCUUGAUACAUCAAUCACAAUAAAUUAAGUGGGAGUUUUGUAGACAUGAAGAGGUGACCCACGCCUAAUAAACGCUACGUUACAAGGUCAUCUAAUCUCACAGUACAUUUUCCUUCCCUUCCUCGCUAAAAAUGAGUAGAAAGAAACCAAAAUAGUAAAAUAAUCAAGCGGUUCUCUCAACUUAUCUUAUCAAUGCCAGUAUAUCCAGUUCAUGGAAACUGGAAAAUCCAAGUCUCAAGACACUCGGAAUUAACCUACUACAGCUAUAAAUCUUCUGCCAAAA